AUGUUGAAAGAACAGAAUAUAAAAAGUCUGUGGAUUUCAGCCCGGUCGAAUCUCCAACGCAAGCUGGAACAAGAACUAGACGUCGUUUCUUUGAAACUAAAACCGCUCGAGAAAAAGGAUCAAAUAGAAUUUCUCAAAACCUACUGGAAAGUAACCAUCGAAGCUGACCUGAGCGACGAUCGUUUGGUUGAAUUUUGUGCUGAAAUUUUAUCGCAGUUUUCCCACUCAAUUGGUGAUCAGCAAGCGCAAUUUUCCGGCAUUCCACUGCAGCUACGAAUGGUUGCUGAAAUAUUUACUGAGCUGUGUGAACAGUUUUGUAGUCCACCCUGCUGUGGUACAGCUGAAGAAUUGAAGGGUAAUAUCAAACUUAAAAUGAAUUUAAUAGAUCUGUACGAGGAGUUUUUCCGAAUUAAAUUCGAAGUUAUACUGAACGAAGAGAAAGAGCGUAUGAAUCUUGCGUCGAUCAACGUGCAGCAGCAACUUGGAGCGGCGACUCCUGGUAUUAUAGAAGCUCAUCGAAUAUUAGCAGUUUUUGCACUUCAAGAUGAGGGAAUGCGAAGAAAGAUUCUCUCGCCGGAUGAAAUAGUGCAGGGCAACAAGUUGUUGGAGAAGGUAUCCGAUUCACGCGAAAAGACCGGAAUCGUCUAUCGAAUCGUGAAUGGUCAGCCAAUUUUUGUGCACCAAACCUUCGCUGAAUAUUUUCUUGCUGAUUUUGUGGGGGAGAAAAUCAACCAAUUCACUUUCGAAACCGAAGUACUAGUUGAAGAUUUUAUGCGAAAUGAUAGAGAGCAAGUUUGUCGCUUUUUACAGCAAAAGAUUCACAAAAUAACGAUCGAAAGCAAGUUGUUGAAACAAUUAUGCAAGGUAAUUGUUUGUAAGAGUGUUAAAUAUAUGUGGAACUAUGCUACGGCGGUAUUACUAAAAACAGUCGAUGUUUUAAUGAACGACCAAAAUUGUGACUCUAGCACAAUACUGGACGGUUCUUUGCCUGCCAACCGUGAAGGUUUAUAUUGUACAUCAGAACGAUUAGGUAUAAUAAAUUUAACGAAGUGUUUUAAGGUUACUUUUGCACCUUGGAACAUCGAUGUUUUUUAUGGUCAUGAACAGUUAAUGCUAGGCCCUGUAGCUUUUAAUAGUCGCACUGUUCUACAUGAUGCUGCCAGCAGAGGUCAUAGUGAAUUGGUUACUCAUUGCAUCGGACGUGGAGCGGACAUUGACGUCACUAUAAAACCUGAUCUAGAAACUCCACUAAUGUAUUUAUCACGUUUUGGUCAUUCUGAAGUUGUAGCAAAACUUUUGGAAAGAAACGCAAAUGUUAAUGCUGUGAAUGAUUCAAAAAAAACGGCACUGCAUAUCGCUGCAGAAUCAAGUAUGCAUAAGUCAAGCAAACAACGGCUUGCAAUUAUUAAAAUGUUGGUGAACGCAGGAGCUGAUGUGGAAGCUAUUACGAAGAGGGGUGAAACACCAUUGAUGCUUGCGUCCAAAUGCGGUCAUGUUGAUGUGGCAGACAUUUUGCUGUCCAAGAAAAUUGAUAUUAAUACUGCCGAUUUAGACGGAUGGACGGCAUUACACUGGGCUGCUUUCGAGGACCAUCCGCAAAUAAUCGAAAAACUGUUGAGCGCAGGGGCAAACGUGAACGCUACUACCAACAGUGGAGAAACAGCUUUAAUGCUUGCCACGAAACACGCUCAGUCUGAAGCUAUUGAGUUACUACGGUCGAAUGCAUCCAUUACGAAUGCUACAGGCUGAAAUUGUCGAACUACUUUAUGUUUAACAGGUCAACUUAAAACGUUUCUCAUAUAUAAUAUUCGUCUGGUCUUGAAAUGCGAUUCCCUGCGUUUAGACCGAUUCAAAGCAGAAAGACAAUACAAUGCUGUUGGGGCCACGCACAAGUGUAUGUGGUAUAUAUCAGUGAAAUUCAAAAUGUUAUAUGGACGAUUUAAAACAACAUACCAUAGGGUUGGGAUCACCCCCAAAUGUGUGUGGUUUAUUUGAUAAAAUAUGAAAAUUAUCAUAUUUUUAUUUAAGGAACCUAGUUAAACCAACAAGCAAUAAAAAUGUUGUUGGGGUCACGCACGAGUGUGUGUGGUUUUACCAGUAAAUUUCGAAAGAAUGGGUUUCUUUUUUUCUCCUCUAUGGACUGCCUCACUACGACCAGAAUCGUAGAUCUAUUGUGAGAUAUGCCCGGGUGUCUGCUGUAUCCCGCACUUCUAUAAUAAGCAAUACUGCUAUUGAAAAGUGGUAUGCUUAUUAUUAUCGUUUAUCAGUGCUUGUGUGUGAUGUGAUACUCCUCCUUUUACACGCUUACUGUUCUACCAUACCGAUGCUCGUUCCUCUUGCCAAAUAUCACCAAUUAUAAUUCCCUGGAGAAGUUUCGUCGUGCGUCCUUUUGGCCAGUUUUAUUAAUAAGGGGGACUUAUGUUUUUGUUAAGAGGAAGUCACGCAAAGGUGUUACAAAUUUCUGCGAAAAGGAAGGGUGUGUGUAGGUCACUUAUUCGACCACUACUUCACUAUAAGAUCAUUCCCAAAAAUGAUAUUUUCAGGAAUGGUGACAUACCAGUAGACAAACAAGCCUGGGAAUGAACCCAUACUUAAAGUCCAGUUAUGACAUCGAAUGGCCUGAUUCUACUGAGAUUCGAACCUCGACAAAGCGAACUCUGUAACCUUGCGGCUACGCAGCUCCCUAAAAAGAAUGGGUUAUGCAUCGUCCCACCUUCUUCAUGGGCCGCUUUAUUGGCCAAUUCCUCUAUCCACGGCGAUGACGUUUCGAGCUUGCUUUAUUUUACUUCCCGGUCGGAGUUUUUUCGUGCCUAGUCUAACUGAUCUGAAAACAAACAAAAGACUUCAAAAAUAUAACGAUACUAAUCCUGCCCAGAGAGGUCCGGUGCUUCACUUCUUCUACUAUUUGCAUAAAUUCUUUCUACUAACUGGGGAAUUCGAGCUAUGCGAUUUUAAUAAUUACACGGUUUUAUUCGCGGGAAACAGCUUUCAUCACUGAAACUUUACAUAGAGGCAGUACGCGUACAGCACAGGUCAGAAGUUGAAAUAUUGUCUGCUCUUGAUCUCGAGGUGUCUGUAUCUAUAUCAUUCUGAUAACUGUUAUGUGUAAUUGAGAGAAUUGAAGAACUGGAUUUAUGAGAAAGGAAAUUCAAAUGAUUGAAUGCUAUGAACUGCCAUGUAUGUAUCAAGAAAAGCAAAAUAAAGUUGAGACACAAGGUCAA